AUUCUGUGCUCGCGUUUUCAAUUGCCCGCACUCAUAAUUUCAAAUGUUUGAAAGACGUUUUUACGAUCUGCUGCGCAUCCGUACCUGCCCGCGUCAUGUGACUAAAGGGCCUGCCUAUCUACACGUAACCAAGAAUUUCAUUCUCCAGUCCGACCGGAUAAUGGAUGUGUUCUCUCUCUCCUCCACACACCAUUCUCACUCCUCCCCCUUCUUCCCCUCCAUCUUCGCCGUCAAACCCCACCCCACCACCACCACCACCACCACCACCACCGUCUCUGCCUCUCUAAAACCACCCACCCCCAAUUCCAACAACCCCACUUCUUCUCCUUCUUCCUCUAGCAAUCUCCGUCGACCCCAAAACACCCACAAACCCCACAAACCCUCCAAACCCUUAAAACCCUUGAACCCCCUCAAAAACCUCUUCAAACCCACCAACACUACACCCAACACCAAUCACACCACCAACACCAAGCCCCACACUCUCACGAACAAGCUCCGGUUAACCAGCAAACUCUCCCCACCUCCCCCUCCCCCUCCCCCUCCACCGCCCCCGCCCCCGCCCCCGCCGCCACUUCUUCCUCCCGGAGAAAACCUUGUUGAAGAAAAGGAAUUCUCUGAAACCCCCCCGAGAAUUGAAACCCGCCAGGAAGGGAAAAUCUUUGUGGGAAACCUUCCACUGUGGAUCAAGAAAAGCGAACUGGCUGAGUUCUUUCGGCAGUUUGGGCCGAUAGAGAGUGUGAUACUGAUAAAGGGCCACAAUGAGACUGGUAGGAAUAAGGGGUUUGGGUUUGUGAUAUACGGUGGGGAGAUGGCAGAUAGGUCGGCGAUGAAGGCAGUGGAGUUUGACGGGGUGGAGUUUCACGGGAGGGUAUUGACUGUGAAGUUGGAUGAUGGGGUGAGGUUGAAGGAGAGGGAGGCCGCGAGGGAGAGGUGGGUGGAGGAUGGGGAGGAUGGGGUGGAGUACAGGUCUGAGUGGCACGAAGAGAGGGAAGGCUCGCGGAGGGAAUUCCGGAGGGUGCUGGAGACUCAGCCGGAGAAUUGGCAGGCGGUUGUGCGAGCUUUUGAGAGGAUUGAAAAGCCUUCCAGAAAAGAGUUCAGUUUGAUGGUGAACUACUAUGGAAGGAGGGGAGACAUUCAUCAUGCACGUGGUACCUUUGAGAGCAUGAGGGCGAGGGGAAUAGAGCCAAACUCACAUAUCUAUACAAAUCUGAUUCAUGCCUAUGCAGUAGGCAGAGACAUGGAUGAAGCAUUAGCUUGUGUGAGGAAAAUGAAAAAUGAGUGCAUUGAAUUGACUUUGGUCACUUACAGCAUUAUUGUUACGGGAUUUUCUAAAGUCAGCAACAUUGAAGCUGCUGAUCAGUGGUUUAAGGAGGCGAAAGAGAGACAUGCAACUUUGGAUGCGGUCAUAUACGGAAGUAUAAUAUAUGGCCAUUGCCAAGCACGUAACAUGGAUCAAGCUGAAGCUUUGGUGCGGGAGAUGGAAGAAGAAGGUAUUGAUGCUCCUAUCAAAAUCUAUCACACUAUGAUGGAUGGUUACACAAUGAUUGGAGAUGAAGACAAAUGUCUACUUGUGUUUAGAAGGCUUAAGGAAUGUGGGUUUUCACCUUCAGUAAUCAGUUAUGGGUGCCUUCUUAAUCUUUACACAAAGAUGGGAAAAGUUUCCAAGGCCCUGGAGGUCAGCAACAUGAUGAAGUUGGCAGGCAUAAAACAUAACAUGAAGACCUACUCCAUGUUGAUCAACGGAUUUGUAAAGUUGAAAGAUUGGGCAAAUGCGUUUGCGAUUUUUGAAGAUGUUGUGAGAGAUGGCUUAAAGCCAGAUGUUAUGCUUUACAAUAACAUCAUUGGAGCAUUUUGCGGCAUGGGUAACAUGGAUCGUGCAAUUCAAACUGUUGGCCAGAUGCAAAAAGAGAGGCACAAACCUACCUCACGAACAUUUACGCCCAUUAUACAUGGUUUUGCAAGAGCUGGAGACAUUAGAAGAGCCCGUGAGGUUUUUGAUAUGAUGAGGAGGAGUGGAUGUUUUCCGACUGUGCACACUUUCAACUCUCUGGUCCUAGGCCUUGUUGAAAAGCGCCAGAUGGGAAAGGCUGUUGAAGUAUUAGACGAGAUGUUGCUGGCAGGCAUUUCUCCAGAUGAGCAUACUUAUACUACCAUCAUGCAUGGUUAUGCAUCAAUUGGUGAUACUGGAAAAGCUUUUGAGUAUUUUACUAGAGUGAAGAAUGAGGGGCUGGAGAUUGAUGUGUAUGCAUACCAGGCAUUGCUUAAGGCAUGUUGUAAGUCUGGCAGGAUGCAAAGUGCUUUAGCAGUAACAAAAGAAAUGAGUGCUCAAAAUAUUCCAAGAAACACGUUUGUCUACAACAUAUUAAUUGAUGGAUGGGCUCGAAGAGGUGAUGUUUGGGAAGCUGCUGACUUGAUGCAACAAAUGAAACAAGAAGGGGUUCCUCCAGACAUCCAUACUUACACAUCUUUCAUAAGUGCUUGUGGAAAAGCUGGAGAUAUGCCAAGAGCAACAAAAACGAUGAAAGAAAUGCAAGCUGUUGGAGUGAAGCCAAAUGUCAAAACCUACACCACACUUAUACAUGGAUGGGCCCGUUCAUGUCUUCCAGAGAAGGCUUUGAGAUGCUUCGAAGAGAUGAAGAUGGCUGGGUUGAAGCCAGACAAAGCCGUAUAUCAUUGUGUGAUGACAUCAUUAUUAUCAAGGGCUACUGUGGCUGAAGAUUAUAUUUACUCAGGAAUUCUUUCUCUUUGUGGGGAGAUGGUGCAAUCUGGAUUGACAGUCGAUAUGGGGACUGCAGUUCACUGGUCCAAGUGCUUACGCAAGAUUGAGAGGACCGGAGGAGAGAUCACAGAAGCGCUGCAGAAGACCUUCCCUCCUGAUUGGAACUCCUACGAAACCAACAAUGCAAUUUUAAAUUUAGAAACUAAUGAAGAUGGCUCAGACAUUCAUGGCUAUGAUGGUGUUGAAGAUGAUAAUAAUACGAUAUAUUAUACUGACAGUGAUAGUGAAGAUGAUGAAUGAUGGGAAAGCUUAUAUUGACCAUAGAAGGGUGCUUUUGCGGUGGGUCCCAGGUCUGUAACUAGUUCAUCUGCAACCUAUGUAGCACUGACACAGACAUGCUUCAAGAAACAAACACAACACCGAGACUCCGACACGUAAAUUGCAAAAAUUGGAGGACACAACACGUUAGGGGACAUGUUUUAAAAAUAUGCAUGUAUACUGGAGUACGAAUAAUGCAUAAACAAAUAAGGCUCUAUUUGUAAAUAUAAAAUAUGUAACACCGUAUGUACCUUAAAUCAUAUUUAUCAUUACAUCAUUCACAAAAAUAUAUCAACAAAAAGCAUUUGAUCCUAUGUGUAUCUUUAUAAUCAAUAAACCAGUAUUCUUCGCACAAAAAAUAAGACUUCCCUAGUACCCUAACUCUUAAUGAGUCUACUAUUUUGUUUAACAACCCCGGCUUGUAUUGCUAGUGUCCCGAGAGUGUCCGAAGCAUUUUUUAGAGUGUCCCCAAAGUGUCCAAACAAAAAACAUUAAGAAAAAAAUACACUUUGGAUUUGAGAAUCGGACACGUGUUCAGAGAGUGUCGGUUUCCGACACGGGUACCUGACCUCUGAUGAAGUGUUCGUGCUGCAUGGGCUGCAAUUUUCCAGUUUAGCUUUAUUUAAUCUGAAAUAUACAUACCCAUUACAGACUUCAACACGCGCAUGGAAAGUUUUUAUGUCACUACAAAUCUGGCCUAACAGGUGGUGAAGAAAUUCGAAAAACGUAAGGGGGAGUCAGUUGUCAUCAUCAAAUAAAGAUAGGUGAUGGGAAAUCUGGUGACACAGGCUGGAAAAGAGGGAUGAGUUUUUUAUUUGCAAGAGCAAGCAAAUGGAAAAGUUCAAGAGGCACAGAGAAUUCCAUACUGAAUUAUUCCCAAGUGGAUAAAAAAUUGGAGGCUGCUUACAAUGUACAGUACAAGCAUAUGAAGAUUUCUCACAAUAUUACUCAACGAAGGGGAUAGCCAUCCAGAUUUUUGGUACUGAAGGUUAAGGCAGCAUGUUGUGUCUGUGAUACCAGAAAGAGAAGCAUUUCGGGAUUCAGAGCAAAUCCCCGCGGGGACAUUCCAAAUCCAGGCUUCAUUCUCGAAUCUUCUAGUAAAUCCAUCUCUCCACCACCUGGAUUUCCGCAGCCUUACAUGUUCAUGAAGCAGAAUCCCAGUAACAGUCUCUUUGGAUUUGAUGGCCCGGAGGAUUUACCUUCAUUGGUUUGCAUGGGCUGUGUGCAUUGCCAUAUGUACAUCUUGGUGUCUGAGAGUGCACCAAAAUGCCCAAAAUGCAAGAGCAUUGACUUGCUUGACAUCUUGCGCCUCAAUGAGCCGAUGAAGAAGAAAGCAAGGAAGAACUAACUAUCUUUCUCAGAUGUUGAUGGAUCGUGCUAUGAAGUUUGUCUAAUAAACCUCCUACCUAUCAUUAUGUUUAUCGUUGUUCUUUUGAGUUUGGCCAACUCCCUAGCUAUUGAGUGUUUGCUUAUUGGGCUUUAGGGUUUGUCUAAUGAACUUUCCAGCUAUUUAGAUGUUUUCUGGGUUGUGUUUUUAAGUUUGUGUGAUGAACUUUUAUGGGGGUAAAUUUCAAGCUAUUAAAAUGCUCAUGGUUUGUGCUUU